AUGGAGGACGCCCGCAGCACGAGGGACAGCCCGAGCCACUCCACGCCAACAAUGGCGGCAGCAGGCUCGACGGCGAGCAUGAAGCUGUUCGUGGACGCGGGCGCGCGCCGCGUGGUGUUCGCGGAGGCCGGCAAGGACGUGGUCGACUUCCUCUUCUCCCUCCUGGCCCUGCCGCUGGGCCGGGCGGACCGGCUGCUCGUCCCGCUCGGCGGCGCGGGCGGCUCCGUCGGCAACCUCUACGCCAGCGUGGAGCGGCUGGACCCGGCGCACGUCCAGCCCGGCGCGGCCGACAAGAGGGCGCUCCUCUACCCCACCGUGCUCUCCCCGCCGGCGCGCGUCGAGCACAGCUUCCACCCGCGGAGGGAGCUCUACACCUGCCCUACGGGCAUCUACACCUUCGAUUGCGGCAGGAACGUGACGGACGAGAGGGGCACCAGGUGCCCGUCCUGCGGCGACGAGAUGACGCUGGAGGCGCGGUACGUGCCGCCGGCGCCCAGGUCCUCAUCGACGGCCGGCAACGGCGAGACGGGUGCGGCGGGCGCGCCAGAGGGGUUCGUCCGUGGCGACGCCGCGACGAGGUACAUCGUGACGGACGACCUCCAGGUCCACCCGUCGUCGGCCGGCGAGCUGGUCGCGCUGUGCCCGGCCCUCGGCGCCGCGGACGUCGGGCGCUGAGUGAAUUGCAGAAAACAUCGACAUUGAAGGGUUGCAGAAACCACAUUUUUAUAGUUUCGUGCCAAAAAAAACUAAUUCUAAGGCUAAUUUUUUGUAAAAAACACUAGUCGGCGGCUUAGACCGUUUUAAGCACGAUUAUGACAGGUGGGUCCCGCUGGACAGGGUUACGUGGCACGACAUAACAAAUUACAAAUGGACAUAAAAGAAGGGACUACGUUGUAAAAGAGCCUAAGAGGAUAAUAUUUUCUUUUUCAUUAAAAAAAGAGAGGAUAAGGUUCCAUCUCCUCCUCUCACUGUUGACUCAUGUCACGUGGGCCGGUGGAGCUUGAGCUCGCCGGUGUGCAAGCCACCCCGAGCAGCUCACCUAGAGCAUGGCCGCCGGCGCCUCUACUCAAGCCCACACGCGGUCGGCACGGCUUCUCUUGCUCGUUCCCGUCCCCGCUGCUGCUCGCGCACGGCGUCGCAGCACGCGCCCAUGCGUGGCCGGCGCGGCUGCUGCUGCUCACUCAUGGCGUCGCGGCACGCGCCCACACGCGGCCGGGGCGGCUGCUGCUGCUCGUUCCCAUUGCCGAUGCCGCCCGCCCACAGCGUCGCUACUCGCGCCCACGCGCGGCCGGCGCGGCUGCUGCUGCUUGCGGCCCGAGCCGGUGCUCGCGCCCACGCACGGCUGGCGCGGCUGCUGCUCGCGUCCGGCGCCGCCGGUGCUCGCUCCCGUGAGCGGCCGGGGUCUCUGCUGCUGCUCACUUCCCUCGCCGCUGCUGCUCGCGGCCGGCGCUGCUGCUGCAUAUGGCUGGUCGACAGGGAGGCACAGAGCUCCGCGGCUGCUCCAUGUCGUGCCCCACAUCGGCCUCCGCCGCCCCCGCCCGGCACUGUCGCCGGCGAAAGGAGCUGCUGCUCCGGCUUCUGCGGCCGGCCGCGCCCUGGGAGGGAGUGGCGGCCGGCCUCCACCACUGGAGAUGAAUGUCACGAGGACCCGAUUGCGUUUUUUUAGGGAUCUUUUUGUCAAACAAAAUUGUAUCGGGAUGUGAUUUGGCUUUUUUAUUUGCCACGUCACCCUGUCCAGCGGGACCCAGCUGUCAUAAUCAUGCUCAAAAUGGCCUAAGCCGUCGACUAGUGUUUUUUGCAAAAAAAUAGCCUCGGAAUUAGUGGUUUUUGGCACAAAACUGUAGAAGUGUAAUUUUUGCAAACCUCGUCUUCAAUGUCGAUGUUUUCUGCAAUUCACUCCGGGAGCUCGACGUGCAGCUUGGGUUGAAGGAGGUGGCUUAAUUACUACUGUUCCGUUUCCAUUUUCAUCUUGGAACUGAGCGAUGCAGGUCACGUGUUUGAUCUGAUGGUGCAACUGCAGGGCAAAGAGAUCCUCAAGGCCGUGAUGCUGCAGUCCAAGACCGUGCUCACCGACGUUUUCCGAGUAGCCGUACGCGACCUCAGCUCGUUCCCCGAAUUCACAUUCGCUGAUUGGCUUCCUGCAUUACAAGCAACGGAGGAAACUCUUGGGAGAGGAAGACAAGGAGAAGCAGACAUCAGAGCGGGCAGCGUCAUGAAACCUAGGAGAUAUUCAGAAAUGAACUCUCUGUAACAGCCAAGAGUUGUUCCAUGUCCGCAGCCACCAGCCCAGCCAACGUCAAGCGAAACCAUAGGAUCUGAAUGAGCCUGUGUGUGUGUGUGUGUGUGUGUGUGGCGUUCGGCCGUAACUUGUUUCUGAAUCUGUGUCGGGCGUGUGGACUGAAUUGUCGAUUUAACUUACUGCAAGCCGGAUGGCAAAGGACAGAAAAAGAAAUAGAAAGAAACUGAACUUGGCGCCUC